UAUUCAGUCAAGGUUUCAUGUAUGCAUUCCUUGAGCCACAGUCGUUGGUUUGUUCAAAGGAUAGACGCAGCGAAUGCGAACAAUAUCUUGAAAGAUGGCUUAAGGAAUCUGACCGAGAGGUGUACAUUGGACCUUACUUCCAUCAGGAACAUUGGCAACUCAUAAUUUUGUGUCCUAGGCAACAUGUUGUUGUUUGGUUCUGUUCUUUGCGUAGGAAACCUGAUAUGCAUAUCAAAGCUACAAUUAAUAGUGUAAUGACAAAAUUGAAGAAGACCUUGUCUCCUGAAACUAAGGCAGUUGCACCAAAGUGGAUUGAAGUAAAGAGUCACGUUCAAACCGGCUGUUAUGAAUGUGGAUAUUACAUAAUGCAUUGGAUCUGGAACAUCAUAGCCAGCGACAUAAAGAGUGAUUGGUCCAUGUGGUUUGCUAAUGACACACCGUUGGACAUCGGCAUCAUCACCACAAUUCGAAAGAAAUGGGCAACAUUUUUUUUAAAGACAGCAAUAAGUCAAAACGGCUAAUGAUGGCGUUGGAGUAUUUUUUUCCCUGUAUUUGAGACAAUUGUUAUGUUAUUUGACACAGCGGCUAUUUUAUUUUCGGUCAUGCUACUAAUAUUCUAUUCUUAGUAUUACCUACUCAAUUUCAUAUAAUUGUAGUAAUAUAUUGUCUUUACCCCCUUCUACUGCAUUGCAUCUGCAUUUGAUUACCACAGCAACAAUUUAGUGCAGCUAUAGUACCACCAAGCUUGCCACUGCAGCAGUUAA